AUGCGGCCUGCACCUCUCGAGAUCCCUCGCGGCCGCAGCAAUGACCGACAAGGCUCAGGAGCACGAUCCCCGUCGUCGCCUCUUCCCAUGUCAGCGGGUGUUCAGCACUACUACGGCUCCGAGGACGAAGAGGAUUACAGGAGGGCUAAAGAGGACCAGGCCAAGUUCCGCAGCAAGAAGACGCUGUCUCGGGGCGGCAGCAAGUCCCGCGAACCUUCCCCUGGUCUUGCAAUGACGCGCGAGAGCUCCAAGCCUAGGGAGCCGCAGGAAACCAGGUCUCGUACCCCACGUGUCGAGUUCGCAGUUUCCGGCCGUGGAGACCUGAAAGCCAUCAAGGACGAGCGCCAGCUCAAGAAGGAGGCUGCAGCGCGCGAGCUUGAGGAGCGCCGCAAGUCGCUCGCCAAGCGCCCGUUGGCCCCUCCGAUUCCUCACCCGGACGAGCUCUCCCCGUCAUUCCCAGGCAUGAGCAUCCAGCGUGCGCCGACUGCUUUCGAGCUCCCCAGCACCACCUUUGUCCAGCCCAAGGAGCUGCCGCCUCGCAGCCGUACCGCGGAGCCCGACAAGCGAAGCAUGUACGCCCAGCAGCCGACCCGCCCUUUCAUCGGUCUCCCGGCUACUCCCAAGGCCAUGAGACUGGUCAUGGAGGGCCAGAAGGACAUCAGCCCCGACGAGCCAGUCCCGCCCAUUCCCACGACUUUCGCGCAGGCUGAGUCGCCCAAGUCACGACAGAAUUCCCCUCAGAAGGAGACCAGCUCGCCACAGGCUGCUGAAGGCCAAGGCCUCCUCACCUUGCUCCCUUCGACUGUCUACCAGCCUCCAUCCCGACCGGGCAUCCAGCGGUGCAUGUCUGCGCCGCCCGAGGAGCCGGUUGCGCCUCAGGCCCUCCGAGGCGACAGCAACUCGGGCCACAGCAGGCUCGCCAGGGGCCAGUCCCUCAGGAAAUUGAGCACACCCGACGCGCACUCAUCGUCCAAGUACAUCCGCACCAUCGACGGGGUCAUGGACGACAACCAAGUUGGCAUUUCCAGCCACUCCCGGCGCACCUCGAACGCUGACCAGAUCCCGCCGCCGCCGCCGCCGCCGCCGGUCUUGAGAGAGCUGCAGCACUUGGCUACGCCACCGCCGCCACCGCCCGCGCCACUCGCCUUCGCGCACGGCGGCAAGCCGCCCGUCGUGUAUGGCGCGCCGGGCACGAUCGAAAUCGUCAUGGACAACGACGAGCCGUCCCAGCCUGAGCACGGCCAGAACGUUCAGCCCCUAUCCGAGACCACGGUCCCCGUGAUUGCUCCGCCCAAUCCCCCUCGCGGCCACCACCGCGGCCGCAGCAGCGUGGACAACAGCAUCGCGGGGCGCAUCUCGCGUGCCACGGAGAGGAUGAGGAGCGGGAGCCGAAGCCGCAACAACUCGAGCGUCGUCAGCCGGACCAAGUCCCCGAUCGAGGGUGGAGCCCCCGCGCCGUACGAGAGCAUCACCAUGCCGAAGGGUCCGCCAGUCAGCUUCCACAACCGUGAGCUCAAGUCCCCCAUCGACGGGAGGACGAUGAGGGAGGAGUUCGACCUGAGCCAGAAAAUGAUCUGA